UGUUUUCUAAACUAUUUUUGAACACCCACCACCCCCGUUCCCCUUAAAACCAAGCCUCCACAGACAAGCAAAGCGAACAAAGAAUUUGGCUUUUCAUCAUCCUUUUUCUCUAAGCAGUUAGAAAGAACACGACCCUCUUUUUGCCGCCUUUUUCAACAGCAGUUAUCGCAACAGGCAGUAGUCAUACACGAAAGUAGAGACAGCUAUCUUCAAACGAACUCUUCCCCAACAAUCAAACAAACCAUUAUAAUGUCCAACAGUAGUAGUAGGAGUCGACUAAGUUCACCGUCUGAAUGGGUUGCACCUUUAACGCCCAUUAUCUCUUUGGCAUUAUUGCCCUUGGGUCCAUUAUUGUUCCCUCGAUUCUACGUUCUAUUUUUAUUUAUCUAUUUCUCUGUGUUUUUGUAUCAGCAAGUCAAUCAUGUAUGCAAAUUCUAUGUGACCUCUAGUCGAAUGCGAGCUGUUAUUGACAAAUGGAACCGAACUAAACAAAACGAUGAUGUUGAAAGCUUCAACAAAACCUCCAAUCACAAUGAUAUUGAAUUGGAAGAAGAACAAAAAUUGUCUAUGGUUUCUUAUUCACAACAGCAACCCUACCAAUAUAUACAUACAUUUGUCAUCCCCAAUUAUUGCGAACCAGAAGGCUUGUUGAAAGAUACCAUUGGUAGAUUAGCCGUUCAUAGACAUGCCAACACAAACUAUGUCAUUAUUUUAGCAAUGGAAGCAUCUGAGUCAGGAUGGGAGGAGAAAGGCCAUAGAAUCAAAGAAUACUUUAAAGAUCAGUUUUUAGGAUUUUACAUCACCGGUCACCCUGUCAAUAUUCCAGGCGAAUAUCGCGGCAAAGGCUCCAAUGUCAAUUACGCUGUCCGCCAAGCCUGUCAACACCAAAUGAUUAAAGUUGACAACUACGAUCCGCGCAAAAUCAUCCUCACCAUCAUGGAUUCUGAUGCAGGUCUACCCGAACUGUAUAUUUUGGAGGUCGAAAAUGCACUCGCUAGCCGUACAGAAGAUCCUUACUAUACCAUUUGUGCACCGCCUAUAUUUUUCUCUCGUAACUGUUAUCAAGUACCUGCCGCUGUUCGUAUGACAGAUAUCACGUGGGCUGCUCUUGUCAUGUCCAAUCUUAGCAAUUCCGAUGGCCUUUGCGUUCCUUGCUCAAACUAUAGUCUAUCCUAUCUCUUGGCUGAGCGCGUUGGUUUCUGGGAUAUAGGAGCUGAUGCUAUUGGUGAAGAUAUGCAUAUGUGGCUGAAAUGUUUCUUCAAAACAGACGGUAUGGCAAGAACAGCAUCUAUCUAUGUACCCAUCAAUCUUACCAAUGUGCAAUGCGAAGGUUAUUUCCGUAAUAUUUAUGCUCGAUAUCAACAAGCAAAACGUCAUUUCCAAGGUGUGGCCGAUCUAGGUUAUACCAUCAGCCAUACAUUGUCCAGCUUGAACCACAGUCGUAGAAGAGAGAAACUGAACCGUAUGAACCUUCUUGGUAAAAGUCUGAAUAGCCCCAAUAACAGCCCUAGCAGCAGCAGCAGUACCAGCAAUAUCUUUAUGGAUUGCCCACCUUAUUCCAAUUCAACAGGGUUCUUUGAUAAAUUAGCAGCCUGUUCGGUCAUUUGUGAAGCACACAUCAUCCCUGCCUCCUCGGGCUGGUUGAUGUUUGCCGCUGUACCCUUGAUGCAGAUUAUCUUGUUUCCACCUUUCUCAUGGAUGGCCAUCGUAUCGCCUGCCAAUAACCCUUUGCUCACCUCAGAUUUCUUUUACAAGUUGUGGACUGUAGUCAAGAUAAUUACUAUCUUUUUGCCUUUCCCUCUAUUUGGUACAUUGGCCAUUUACGAACACUUGCAUAGGUAUAUUGAUCGCGAAUUUUAUCAUAAGCCGAAAUCAGAGUCACGUACCUGGAAGAAUUUUUUGGAUUACGCUUCUUUACCCAUUGCUGCUUGGUUGUUUCUGACGCUUCCUUCGACUAUUGCUUGCGUUAAACGAUUGUUGCCGGGUGAAGAUGCUUAUGUUGUUGCUGCCAAAACUUUCAAUGGUGAAGCCAAUGUAACAGCAGGUCAAAGUAAUAGAACUCAUCACCAGCACCAGCAACAACAGCAAGCUGAAUUGUAUCCUAUGGUUGGAGGAAAGGAAAGACUGUCGUAAAAGAGAGUAACUAGAGUCCAUCUUUUUUUUUGUUCUUUUUCUCUUUCUUUGUACAUUAAUCUUCAUUAUACAAACAAUUUUAUCUUACUCUCAUGUUUCUGCUACACUUUAUAUUACAUAAUCUUCUUAGUACAUACUUCUCUCUACUGCUAGUCAUAAGAAUCACGUAAUUUACAUUCCCUCACGCUCAAGAAUUCGCGUUAUACAAAUUAGAUUCAAAUUUCCUUUUUGUUCAUAUUGCUUUCUUUUUUUUUUCGCUUGCACUUUUCUUUCUUUUUGUCAUUAAAGCACUUGAUAUAUUACAUUCAAUAUUUUUU